AUGUUGACUACACUGAGACACGAUGUUUGCUGCAACAACAACGGUGGCGAAUGCAUUCACUCAGCAUCUGGCUACUGCUGGGGCCAAUCCGUGCAUAAAGCUCGUCGAAUGGCCGAACGUCUAAAUGACGUCACCACUACCUGUGCAGUCAGUUUUUACGAUGACCGCGUGUCCGAACAUAACGGCGGCACAGCUGUGCCUCUCUACCUAUUGCAGCCCAACUAUCCCUCUUUCAAUCUCAGUAAAGUCAACCUAAUCAAGGAAUUACAUGACACGGUUUCUAACAGGAACGUCUAA